UAAACCAGACUUCAACUGACAGUCGCAGUUGACGCAGCUAUCCGCGCAGCAUACUCGUUAACUAUUUAACAAACCUCAAAAACUCUAAGCAAGAUGGGCCUGACAUUCAACAUCAAAGCCCUCUGUACCCUCAGCGGCUCCCUCAAACUAAUUCAGAUCAUUUUGGCCUUUAUCUGCAUUGCAUUACUGCGUGAAUACGACCUCCAUUUUGGUGCUGAAUCUUGGCAUAAGAGUCUGGCAGACCGUAGGCUUGUUGGAAUCAUAGCCAUUGGUUCUUCGAUACUUAUUUCUCUUCCUCUUCUUCUUGCCUACAUCUUCUUUGCACAUUCAUCAAACCUACUGGAAGUACUGUAUUGUUUCACUGCUGCCAUCAUGAAUAUUGCUGGCGGAGCCAUGGCUAUUGAGACUACCAGGACAUGAGUAGGAGUAAAUCUUCAGAUGCUGGGAUGGCAAUGGGGGUAAGGUUAAUUUUUCUUGCAUGCAGGUUGCAAAU